AAUUAAAUGCGAAACGACUACACCGACAUGUGUACCGAGUUCAUUUCCCGCUUUCUGAACAAGCUUCUCAAAAAAGCUCUUUAGCUUCUUUUCGGGUUUUUAGGUUUUAUUUUUCUCUAAAAAUUAGAAACCCUCUGCUUCGUAAUGACAAUCCUUAAUCCGCAAGUCAACGAGAAUCCAAGAAAGAAGAUUAGGUUAACCAAAGAACAAAAAGAAAACGAAAGAGCAGGUGCUCGCCUUUAUACUAUUAUAAAGGUUUCUCGAGAUGAGGACUUUUGUGAACAAAUUGGGAGGGAUAUCUAUUUUGACCUUGUUGAUCAUGACAAGGUUCGCAGUUUUCGUAUUCAGAAACAGAUGUCUUUUAAACUUUUCAAGGAGGAGGUUGCUAAAGAGCUUGGUGUACCUGUGCAAUUUCAGCGUUUUUGGUUAUGGGCGAAGCGUCAAAAUCAAUCUUACCGUCUAAACCGACUCUUAACAUUUCAAGAGGAGACAAAAUCUGUUGGAAAGUUGAGAGAAGAACUUAAAACGGCUCAAAAUGCGGAGCUAAAUUUGUUCCUGGAAGUAAACAAUUACCAUGGGGCGGUAAUUGUUUUUAGAUAUGAGAAUCAGUUUCUUGAUUAUGGACCUUGUAUUGUUCAGUGUUUUCACUUAUGUGCUCUACAGGGAUUACAUCCUAUUCCUCCACCUGACAUAACACAACAAGAUGUACUUCUCUUCUUCAAGCUUUAUGAUGCGCAAAAAGAAAAACUGCGAUAUGUGGGGAGACUUUUUGUGAAGGACAGUGGUAAGCCUGCGGAAAUUCUUAAAAAGCUCAAUGAGAUGGCUGGAUUCUCUCCAGAUGAAAAAAUAGAACUUUAUGAGGAAAUAAAGUUUGAGCCCACAGUUAUGUGUGAGCACAUAGAAAAGGAAUUCACAUUCCACCAUAGCCAGCUUGAGAAUGGGGAUAUUAUUUGUUUCCAGAAACCGCCUCCAGCCGAUAGUCUGACACGAUGCCGUUAUCCAGAUGUUCCUUCUUUUCUAGAAUAUAUUCUUAACCGUUGGGUUGUACGCUUCCAAUCUCUGGAGAAACCGAAGAAAGAUGAUUUCGUUCUUGAGCUGUCGAAGGUAUUAACUUAUGAUAAUGUCACGGAAAGAAUUGCUCAGCAUCUUGGUUUGGAUGACCCAACCAAAAUCAGACUUACUCUUCGCAACUGUUACUCGCAGCAACCUAUAGUCCAAGCCAUUAAGUACCAAGGUUUUCACCACUUGUCCGAGAUAUUAAGUUACCGCAACCAGAUAUCUAAUAUUUUGUACUACGAAGUCUUGGACAUCCCUCUACCAGUGUUGCAAGGUUUAAAAACUCUGAAUGUUUCUUUUCAUCAUGCUGAAAAAGAUACUGUCAUUCACAAAAUUAGACUUCCAAACACAAGUACAGUAGGCGAUGUGCUUAAUGAUCUGAAGACAAAGGUUGAGCUGUCUCAUACGGAACUCAGAUUGCUUAAAGUGUUCAACCACAUGAUCUUUAAGGUUUUUCCACUUAGUGAAAAAAUCGAGAACAUAAAAGCUCAGUACUUUACACUACGUGCAGAGGAGAUUCUAUUGGAGGAGAAGAACUUGGGUCCUCAGGAUUGCUUGGUUCAUGUUCAUCACUUCACAAAAGAUGCAUCUGAUCCCCAAAAGGUAAAGAAUUUUGGGAAACCAUUUUUAUUGAUCAUCCGUGAAGGACACACAUUAGCUGAAGUCAAGUUGGGUAUUCAGAAGAAAUUGAAUGCUCCCGACGAGGAAUUCACAAAGUGGAAGUUUGCAAUUCUAUCUUUGGGUCAGCCUGAUUACCUUAGUGACAUGGACAUAGUAUCCAAUCGUUUUCUGAGAAGAGAUAUUUGUGGAGCUUCGGACCAGUACCUUGGCUUGGAGCAUUCUGACAGUUUUCAAGUUUGGUGUACCUUACAAUUUCAGCGGUUUUGGUUAUGGGCAAAGCGUCAAAAUCAUACUUAUCGUCCAAACCGGCCGUCAAUGCCUCGUGAGGAGACACAAUAUGUUGGACAGUUGAGAGAAGUUUCAGAUAAGGACAAUGCGGAACUAAAGUUGUACUUGGAAAUAGAGCUUGGGCCGGAAUCACAUCCCAUUCCUCCUCCUGAUAGAACAAAAGAAGAUAUUCUUCUUUUUUUCAAGCUUUAUGAUGCUGAAAAAGAAGAACUUCUGUAUGUGGGGAGACUCUUUGUGAAGGGUAGUGGUAAGCCCUUGGAAAUUCUUAAAAAGCUUAAUGAGAUGGCUGGGUUUUCUCCGGAUGAAGAACUUUACGAGGAAAUAAAGUUUGAGCCCACAGUUAUGUGUGAGCACAUAGACAAGAAGCUCACAUUCCGUGCUAGCCUGCUUGAAAAUGGAGACAUUAUUUGCUUCCAGAAGCCUGCUUCAGUUGAUAGUAUAACACUAUGCCGCUAUCCUGAUGUUCCUUCUUUUCUGGAAUAUGUUCAUAACCGUCAGUUUGUGCAUUUCCUAUCUUUGGAGAAGCCAAAGGAAGAUGAUUUUUGUUUAGAGCUGUCAAAGGUCUUAACAUAUGAUGAUGUCACGGAAAGAGUUGCUCGCCAUCUUGGUUUGGAGGACCCAACCAAGAUCAGACUUACCCCUCAUAACUGUUGCUCUCAGCAACCUAAACCCCAAGCUAUUAAGUACCAAGGUGUUGACCAGUUGUCUGAGAUGUUGGUUCACUACAAUCAGACAUCUGAUAUUUUGUAUUACGAAGUCUUGGACAUCCCUCUACCAGAGUUGCAAGGUUCGAAAACUCUAAAGGUUGCAUUCCAUCAUGCAACAAAAGAAGAUACGGUUGUUCAUAGUAUUAGACUUCCAAAACAAAGCACAGUAGGUGACGUGAUUAAUGAUCUGAAGACAAAGGUUGAGCUGUCUCAUCCCGAUGCGGAACUUAGAUUGUUGGAAGUUUUCUACCACAAGAUUUAUAAGAUUUUUCCGCUUAGUGAAAUGAUCGAGAACAUCAAUGAUCAAUACUGGACGCUACGUGCAGAGGAGAUUCCAGAGGAGGAGAUGAACUUGGGUCCUCGGGAUCGCUUGAUUCAUGUUUAUCAUUAUCACUUCACAAAAGAUGCAUCUCAAAGCCAAAUGGUACAAAAUUUUGGGGAACCAUUUCUAUUCAUAAUUCAUGAAAGAGAGACUUUAGGUGCAGUCAAAUUGCGGAUACAGAAGAAAUUGCAGGUUCCUGACGAGUGGAAGUUCGCAUUUAUAUCAUUGGGUCGACCUGAGUACCUUCAGGACUCAGAUAUAGUGUCCAGCCGUUUUCAGAGGAGAGAUGUUUUUGGAGUUUGGGAGCAGUACCUUGGCUUGGAGCAUUCCGACAGUCCCUGGAAAAGAGGUUAUCCAACCAAUCAGCGGAAAGCGGCUGAGUUAAUUGGUUUGCGUCCGUAUAAUACUGAAGGUCCGAAAGGACCAACACCAGAUGAGAUUGAAGUUUUUGCAUCAGGUGAUAUAAGUUCCUUGCUCAAUUAUCCAACUGCUGGUCAAUAUUUUCUACCAGAGGAACAUCACCAAGGCGUUCUUGAUGAGAAAUAUGAAGACAUCGGAGGGUUCUGUGUUCUGAAAGCCCAAGCGCCUUUGUAUAGGAAGAUAUGGUUAAGAUAUGGGCAUAUUGCUACAAAUCAAGUUCUGAAAGACUUGUAUUCUACGCAAGUCACACUAGUUACCAAUAUAAUGGCUUUAAUUAUGGAUAUGCGUAUCAGUCGUUUUGCUGAGGUGUCCUCCACAAUGAUUGAUUUGUGGGAAAAUAAGAUAUCAAUGGCAGAGAAACUUGAGUUCAAAGUCAGUUGGCUUCGAGAGCGAUUUCAGGAUGUGAAAAAGGAUUUUUAUGGGAAAAAGAAUCUUAACAUCGAAUUACUGGAGAAGUCUCAGUCUUUUCAAGCUGCGAAGGAUGAGUUAAAGAAAGCACAGGAAAAUGUUUGGUCUCUGAAGAGUAGGAUUAGGCUCUUGCACAAGGAGAAGUUAAUGUACUCGGACAAAGAUAGAAGUCUACUUCUUCAAGGUUUGGUGUAGGGGUAACUGCCAACAGUGUUGAUACAUUUUAGAUCCUCCCUAAAUUAGUAACCUUACAAAGAGGGUACUUUUCCUCUUUUUUUUAACCAUCAGAGUCAUUGUGGGGCUAGUAUGUGAAGUUUUACUAUUUUCUGGUUCAACAGUCUUGAAGGUUUUUUUUUGUCUGUGUAUCAAAAACCACCUCCCUGUAUUUAAAACCCCGAAUUCUAAUUAACGAACACUACUAGAUUAAUCUCAAUGUUAGAGGCUACAAAAAAGUGCAUGUCA